UCUCUCUCUCUCUCUCUCUUGAUUUCUUUCUGUAUAUAACCACAUUCAUUCUCACAAGAAAAACAUUUGCACUAUACACAUUCAUCCAUUCUCAUAAUUUUCAACAAUGGGUCUCUUCAGAUUCUCUCUCUGUUUUUUCAUCCUCAACAUUGCUCUGUUUUCAACUCUCUGUUUUUCUGGUGACCCAACUGUUUCCACAGAACUUCACGUCUCUUCCACCACUGUUUCUCCUCUUGGUGUUCCUCAAAAGGUUAUAACUAUCAAUGGGAAAUUUCCUGGACCUGUGAUUAAUGUUACAACAAAUAACCAUGUAAUAGUUGAUGUGUUUAAUCAGCUGGAUGAAGAUCUUCUCAUAACAUGGUCUGGUGUUCAAAUGCGGCGUAACUCGUGGCAGGAUGGAGUUCUUGGUACGAAUUGUCCAAUUCCUUCGAAAUGGAAUUGGACGUAUCAGUUUCAAGUGAAGGAUCAAAUAGGGAGUUUCUUUUACUUCCCUUCCACUAAUUUCCAAAGAGCUUCGGGUGGAUUUGGUCCCUUUGUUAUCAACAAUAGGGAGAUUAUACCGAUUCCUUUCGCGCAGCCCGACGGUGAAAUUUUCAUUAUGAUUGGUGAUUGGUAUACUCAGGACUACACGGCUCUAAGAUCAACACUUGACGGUGGAAAAGACCUUGGAAUACCAGAUGGUGUUCUUAUCAAUGGGAAGGGACCUUAUCAGUACAAUAAUACUCUUGUACCUAAUGGGAUAGAUCAUGAAACAAUUACUGUUGAUCCAGGCAAGACUUACCGUAUUCGUGUCCAUAAUGUUGGAAUUUCAACUUCUUUGAACUUUCGAAUUCAAAAUCAUAAUCUAUUUCUGGUAGAAACUGAAGGGUAUUACACCGAUCAGGCAAAUUACACCGACUUUGAUAUUCAUGCUGGCCAGUCCUACUCUUUUCUGCUCUCCACCGACCAGAACGCGAGUACAGACUACUAUAUUGUUGCAAGUGCGAGGUUUGUGAAUGAAUCAUUAUGGCAGAAGGUUACAGGUGUUGCUGUUUUACACUACUCAAAUUCCAAGGGUGGAGUAUCUGGUCCUCUGCCACCACCACCGGAUGAUUUUUAUAACAAGGGCGCAUCAAUGAACCAAGCAAGAAGUAUCAGGCUAAACACAUCUGCAAGUGGAGCUCGUCCUAACCCUCAAGGGUCCUUUCGGUACGGCUCAAUCAACAUUACGGAUACUUACUUGUUAAAGGUUACAGCACCAGUGGCGAUCAACGGCACAACUCGAGCUGCAAUUAACGGAAUCUCAUUUCUAAAACCCGACGUUCCGUUUCGGCUCGCUGACAACAAUCAACUAAGAGGAAUUUAUAAGCUUGAUUUUCCAAGUAAGCCGAUGAACAGAACACCAGUUAUUGAUAGAUCAAUCAUCAAUGCUACAUAUAAAGGGUUCAUUGAGAUUGUGUUGCAAAACAAUGACUCCUCUGUUCAAAACUUUCAUCUGGAUGGGUACUCAUUUUUCGUUGUUGGGAUGGACUAUGGUGAUUGGUCCGAAAAUUCAAGAAACUCUUACAAUAGGUGGGAUGCAAUAUCUCGCAGCACAACUCAGGUUUUUCCUGGAGGAUGGACAGCAAUCCUGGUGUCUCUAGACAAUGUUGGAUCUUGGAAUCUGAGAGCAGAAAAUCUGGACAGGUGGUACCUAGGUCAAGAAACUUAUCUGAGGAUUGUCAAUCCUGAAGAAGCCGGCGACACAGAGACUGGUGCACCAGAAAAUGUUCUAUAUUGCGGCCCUCUAAAAUACAAACAAAAAAAGCAGACACCUUCUUCAUCGUCUGCAGAUUCUUCUUUGGGAAGUGGCUUCCUUUUCACAUUGUUCAUGGGAAUUCUUGUGAUUUUCACAUCUAGCUAAAGCUUUUGCCGGCAUUUUUACAUUUAUCAACUAUGAUUUUUUAGACCUGUCAAGAAGUGUGAUUAGUAAUUUCUUGGUCUGAGGAAAACAACAUAUGCUUUUUGUUCUUUUAGUUAUGGCUUACUUUGUACACAUUUUCUGGUUGUUUAUAUGCUAUUCAAAAUGUGAUUAAGGCUACUUGAAUUUGGUAAUUCAUAUUCUUAAUAGAUGAUUACAGUAGUUUAUCAAAUUUUAA